CGACCACUCCAUGAGCUUUGCCCCAGCACCUUAUAACUUAGAGGGGACAAGUGUGCUGGUACCAGCUUUGCGGUCGGGUAGCUGGGGGGCAUAAACCGGAAAGUCCGGCUUGGAGACUGCAGCCUGCCAGGAACUGGAAAUAUGGUACCAGCUCUAUCUGGUGAAUGUGUGCUGAGGGUGGAGGGUCUGGAGCCCAAUCAGAAGUAUGUGUUUGCUGUUGCAGCAUACAACAGUCAGGGAAAGCUACUGGGCAGUACUAUAGGGGGGACAACAUUACCACUGUUGGCAUCCAUGCCUGUACCGCUGCUUUCCUCUUGGGCUCAUUUGGCUAAGGUGGCUUUUCAAACAGAGCAGUAUGCUGUAGCAAAAAGAGCCUGCAGAGAACUUUGGAGCCACUGCAUCUACCCUGACAGUGAGUCCAACGGCAAAGAGGAUAGACUAGCCACCACAGGACUACGCAAAGAAAUCCUGCAGUACUCCUCUCUUCACCUGUGUCAGCUGUUUCUCACGUCCAUCUUCAUAGAGACAGAGAUCAACAUUCAGCAGGGAUCACUCUAUUGUGACUCAUUCAGUGACAAUGGACCAUUUAUCUGGGAAAAAGAAGCCAGACUGGCAGAAUGCGAGCGAAUACUGGUGGCCAUGGACUUGGCGAUGUGUUUGAAUGAUGCAGCUGCUGCUUUGCAGGCUGCAGUUAGCUGCUACGGGCUCCUGGCACCUAUAAUGUUCCAUCAGAUUACGUGUGACUCUGUGGUACAAGUACUAAAAAAAUGCUUGAUGGUGUUGGAGGAAAAUUCAGGUCUUCUAAAACAAAAAUGGACUGGAAACACCUCAGAAUCUUUUAUCCACAUGAUAGCCUGCAUCACCUACUACCUGGCAAAGACGUUGCGUGUGCUCAGGAAACACGAGAUGGCCAAAGCAGUGAUGGACUGUGGCUGCAGGCUACUUCAGGAUGUCUAUCAUGCCCAGCUGCAGAUUAGGAGACUCACCAAUCAAUCUGAGGGUCGUAAAACAGCAGAUCAAGCCACAGUCAAGAGUGAGAUGAAAAUAAGUCUUCAGCUGAAGGCACUGGAAAGAAAGAACAAAAAAAUAGCAGUUUCAGAAGGAACACACACCCCAGAGCCCGAGACUUCUCAGACACUGACCGUCUCAGAAGAUCCAAACUUAUUGUACGAGCUGAUCUCCAGCGGUACAUUAAAGGAUGCCUACGUGCAUGUAAUGAAACUCAGACGCAAGGUGUAUUUUACUGAGUUUGCUGCACUGCUACUCCAAAGAACCAUGAAAGAAGGCCACAUAGACCUUGUGUUGGAAUGGGGGCAGAGCCUGUUUCAGUUUCUUUCCAGCCGUGACGAGGCGAUGGUACUGUCUGCAAAAUGUUUGGAGGGGCACGGUCAGAUUAGAAAAAGAAGUGGAAACCAGAAUGCAAAAGGAAACGAAACCUCCCAGAACAAGAACGCUUCUUCACAUGAUGAUACAAGAAAGAAAGCAAAGCAUAAAUUGGCACAGAAUAUGCUUUUGAAAAUGAGGACUCACAGGGAAGUGCUGGCUGUGGAGAACUUGCUUGCUAUGAUUUCAUCCGUGAUGCAGCGCCAAGAGAAGAGGCUGCAGCUGAGGCACACUUGCACUGAGGAGAGGGUGUGGAGAUCACACCUGAACUACUGCAUGGCUCAGGCCCAUUUAGCAGUGUUUUACCAGCGUCUGGCCCAACAACACGGAGGAGACCUGGAUCAGAGAUACAGCCAGUUUCAUCCUUUGUAUUUUUCUAUGGCUUACUCUGGUGUCCUGGUAUGGAGGAACAACUCACAGCAACAUGAGUUGGAGUCUUCAAAUGAAGCUGUCUUACAUGAAGACUCAUCUGAUCACAAGGACUAUGUCAUGACAGCUCACAAAGACAGAGGCAGAAAGGAAGCAGUUGAUGGCUCUGUCGCAGAGGACAGAUGUAAGGAGGGAGAGGGCUCUCCUCAUUCUCUGGAACAGCAGAUGGAGGCACAGAGGUGCACUGGUGCCACACUGCUGGAGUCAAUUAACAAAGUUGCUGUGCAUCUCCGGAGAGCUAUGGUGUUGGCUCAUCGUGGCAACCACUGGACCACUCUGCAGUGUGUGUGUCAGGCACUGUGGGACCAAAGCUGCAGAAUCACUGUCCUUGUACAGAGAGCUGCUCAGCUUGAAACUCCAUGUACGAUUACAGCAAAACAGCUACACAGUAUCCUCACCCCACUGCUGGUGCUGGCUACUGACUUCAUCAUGGAUAUGCUGCAAAAACUAGGGCUCUGGAGUUUGUAUGACAGUGACUUGACUGAAGAUGAGCUAGAGUCCAGUCUCCACUUCUCAGUCCCACUUGAUGACAGCACCCAGGUGGAUCUGCGUUGGGUCCGCACAUUGGUGUUGCACACUCUUGAGCGGCUCCAUGACAGUGGCAAGUGGGAAAGCCUGGCCCACUUUGCUUUACUUUUCAACUCAUACACACGGGAUCGGUAUACCGUUAUCAUAACUCCUCUGCUUGUCCACGCCCAGAGGAUGUUGCUUGAAAGAAUAAACUCUUUUGGAGGGCCCGCAGUCCCACAGCCACACCAUGUCAACACACAGAAGGCCACUGGAAAAGAGGUGACCAAUAAAAGUUAUGCAGGCUGCCAGCUUCUCAGUGGUCGGAUCCAUCACGCUGCACAGAAACAGCACCUUCACAAAAAAGCAGCUCUAACAAACUCGAUUCCUCGAGAAGCAGUUGAUCUUAAAGGUGCAGAGAUACAGCACUCCAUGUCUCUCGUUUGUGUCCCACUGGAUGUGGAGUACACGCUGAGCUGUUAUCAUCAAGCUCUUGAGAAAAAGCCAUAUUGUCUUCAGAUGUUCCAGCACAGUCGCUCACUGCUUGUGCUGCUUCUUGCAAACACACAGCCCUGCUUUAUGAUACCGACACAGCAUUGUCGGAGCCAAGGUCUCAGCCAUUCAGCGAGCUUUGUGAAUUUCAGUCCCGUUGUUAUGCCCACUCCAAACAUCCAACCAUGUGACCUGACAGAGGAGGACUACAGUACUCCAGAUGCUAUCUAUGGCUUCCCUAUCAGCCGUGACCACUUGCAGACUAUCAUUUCUGCAUACACCACUUCUAUAAAAUAUCUCAAGGCUAACAGCCGUGACUCCCUCAGAGUUCUGGCUCUGCGUGAACUGGGAAACCUACAGUUCUACAGUGGAAACACACGAGCUGCUCACUCAUGCUGGAGUAAAGCCGUAGACUGUGCCUUGCAGAGCUCAGGUGUUUUGGAGAAAUGGGAUGGCGCGUCGCUUGGGAAUGGCUCCCUGCAAGAAAUUCUAAGGAAGGCUGGAAUGUGGGGAUGUCUGCAGGCAGCUGUGGUCACUGCUAAGAUAGCACAGUUUAUCUUAACUUCUGAUAUCAACCAGCGGACAAAGUACUGUCUCCUGUCUGCUUACCUGUUUAAGAGUUUGCUGUGUUGCUCCAUGGCUCAACCCCAGGCAGACCUCCAGUACGCCUCCUACAGCAUCGGAGAUGAGUUGCUCCCUGGAGUUGACCUUUUCUCCGAGCCCCACAGGCUUCACCUCGGCACCACUGUGUCAAGCCUGAACUUCAUUUGCCACUGGCUUUUAACCACUGGCUACUGCAUCACGCUGCUUCCUACACUAGCCCUCUAUCUACAUUUUGUGGGGACUGUGUGCAGAGACGUACAGCACACUGUUAAAGGCAAAAUAUUGAAGAUACGUGCCCUUACUGAACUGUGUCUGUUCACUGAAGCUGUGAAGGAGGCAGUUCAGCUCACGCGUGGAACAGGUGUCCUUCUGCCUCAUGGACAAUACAUUGCCAGUGCCUGUGUCAAACCUACAAAGACAUUCUGUAGCAACAAGUCUCUUCUGGACAAUGCAGAGGCUUUGGAGGAACUUGUGAACUGUGACUUUACUCCAGAAGUCUGCACCCUGUAUGGACCAGCACUGUGCCUCAGAUUUAACCUUGCUCGUGUCCAACUAGUUCUGGCACUUACUAAUGCUGUCGCAGGCUUUCCUGUGCCAGAUUCUGUGGAGGGAGAAGUUUGUACCAGUGUAACAAGUUGUUCGGUGGACCCAAAAGAUGAUGAGCAGGAAGGUCCAGACACUGAUGACUGCUGUCCAAAGACAGGAGAACAGAAAGUUCUCAAUCUUGAUGCUAAGACUGAGGAUCUAAGCCCAGAAAGGAUUAAGUUCCUUUUGCUGGAGCGCGCCUCCUUGUGGUUAAACACCAUUUCAGAGCAGCUUGAAUCUCAUUCCUUGUGCAAAAUGGAAACCCUGGAACUGAUGAUAGAAUCCAGUCUUCUAAAGGGCAACCUCUACAUGCAGCAAGCACAUACCGCACUUUGCUUUGAGACGGCAGUUUCAUCUUUGAAGCUGCUCCAAACAUCACCUGUGACUGUUAGAGGAUCCGGGGCUGAUGAUAAAGAUUUUGGUGAGUCAGACGCCCAGAAUGGAGACUGUCCCAGAGUAGUUGAGGCCAGUGAGAGGAUUGGAGUUCAUCUGUGGUUACAUUGCCGCUUAGCUUUGGUCCACAGCCUGGUUGCCCACAACCCUCGCGCCGUUGAGCUUUUACCAGGUAAGAACAUUAAUGAGGAGGCAGCCCGGGUGUUACAGGAGGGUCUCGAUGAAUGUGCACUGUGGGGAGACCUUGAUAUUCAAGCCCUGCUGUUGGUUGAAGGUGCCAGACUGGAAGCCCGGAGAGGCAAGACUGACAACAGCAUGACAAUGCUGCAGAAAGCAGUGAGCCUGCUGUCAGGACGGACACGCUUGCCACAGAAGUCUGUCAUUACGCUGGCUCAGGCCACUUUGCUGCUCAGUGACUUAAGAGGGGCACAGAGUAUCACACCUCUACAGCUGAUGCAGAAACUGCUGAAGAAACAGCUGUGUGAUUUUGGUGAAAGUGUGGAAUUAGUUGAUGGAAAAAUGUGUUUCUUUCCUCCCGGACCACGCAACAUCUACCUCCCAUACUUCAACAUACUAAACCAGACCAAUUUGCAAAUUGGCAACAUCCUGGGUCAAAGUCAAAUGGAGACACAGGUUUCUGCCAGCCAGUCAUCACAGUCCACUUCAAGGCAGACUUUGCACCACUCUCUCCAGAAUGAAAGCGACUCGAGCAAUUUAAUCUCCAAGCAAUCCGACCACCUCCAGUCCUAAAUGACUUAAAUGCAUCUUUUGUGCAUAUUUAAAGAUGGAGGUGGAUGUUGAAGGCUUUUAUUUUCCUGGAGACCAAGAGUCCUGUGGAGAAGUUUGUGUAGCAACACAUUAUUUUAUCGGCUCAGUACAUAAGAGCCAAAAUACUGCAUAUAGUUUCACAUUUCUGGAUAUUUUAAGUCACUUUUAGUUCACGUCUAGAAUAAAUGAAAUGGUAUGCAUUAAUUUAAGCCCUUUUAAUCUGAGGUACUCAAAGUUCUGCAAAGCAUUGAAAUGUGAAUGUUCAUUUAUCAAGUCACACACACCAACAAGAUUAGCCGUGGGUUUGGUGUCUUGUCCAAGGACACUUCUACACAUGAAAGUGCAGAGGCUUGAACCACGAACCCUGCAAGCUACCCCACAGCUACCAAACUACACGGUGCUACCAGAGCUCUGUGUAGUUUUUGUUGUUCUUCUUGUGUGUUUAUCUGCAUCAGUAAAUGGAUCAAAUAAAAUAAACACAAAAGAAAAGAGUAGUUUCAAACUGACGUAUGAAAUAUGGGAGCCAGACAACUCUGAAAAGAUAGACAGAUAGACAAAGAUGUUCAGUGACGGCUAUUCGGUCUGGCAAUGCAAUGAUACAGAUACUUAAAGUAAAAGUAUUCAUAUUUUGAUCAAGUGUGGGUAACAAGUGCUUUCUGUCAGAAAAGGAAUCCUUAAUCUCUGAAUUGACUUUUCCUUUUUGUUUCACAACAGGGUUGCACCUUUACCUGAAUAUUCUUCUGCUAUAAUUACACACUCUUUCUAUCUUUCAUUUCAUUUCAUUACACAAAUAACAUCAAUGCAAACAAAGCAUCAGGAGUACCAAACCUAGGUGUCACCAAACAUUAAUUCUAGCUUUUAAAGAAUUGUAACUAAAAUUGUAACUAAAAGUUAGUAAGAUUUGCAUUUUUGUUUACCUGUGAACAUUUGUACACCAUUCAGCCACAAGCUUUUGACCACAGACAGGAAAAUAAACAACAGUGAUUAUCUUAUUAAAAUACAAUGUUCCCCUGGGAAA